UCACACACAUUUUCUUUUAUUUUUAUUUACAUUUCAAAACCAUUUUUAGAUCAUUUCUACAAAAUUUUAAGUUAACGUUAUGAAAAUUUAUAAUAAAACAUGGUUCGACAACAUUUAGGACCUGGACCAGGAAAAUAUUUGCUACCACCUCUCGUUGGAUACAAAGAGCACGAUGGAACUAAAUACCGCAAUCCACAAUACUCCAUGGGGCUUAAACUGCCCCUUCAGGACAGACAUUUGGGUCCAGGUCCCAAAUAUCACACUGAACAUAUGACUAUGUAUGGAAAGGCUCAUCCACCUGCAUACUCCCUCGCUUCUCGACCCCGUGACUUGACCAUAUUUCAGGGACCAGGACCCGCAGCUUACAAUUUACAAAAUUCGCCUAGAAUGAAAGAAGCGCGACCCCCUGCAUACUCCAUGUCAUACAGACAUAAAAUUUUAAAAGGUUCUGAAACCCCUGGACCUAACAUUUAUGAUAUACCAACCACCCUUGGACCUAAAGUACCUGAUUUACAUGCCAAUGGUGCUUUUAGCAUGUCUGAUCGAUAUCCAGUCAUGGCAAAAGAAAGAUCACCUGGACCAGCACAAUAUGAUCCAACUAGUCCUAACAACUAUAAGAACAAAAUGCCCGCUUAUUCAAUGUCGAUUAAACAUAAAGAUCUUAGCGGAAGAGGAACUUAUCCUUCACCUAGUGAUUACUAUCCAAAAAUACAAAAAUGUGCAGCUGGAUUCUCAUUUGGAUUGAGAACUGAUAAUCAACCUUACAUUACUGCUGAUGAUGAGAUGCCUUGUAUUAAUAAGUAAAUUGUCUAACUCAAAUAA